UUUUGUUGCUUGCUCCCCUCUCUCUCUUCUCUACAAUUUGGCAUCAAAGGGAAGCGACGAAUGUACGAUGCAUCAACGUGAGAAUAGUUUGCUCUCAAUUGAAACUGAAGCAAAGCAAACAACUUUAUUAUUGAAAAAAAAAAAGUUUGUUUAAUGGGUUCCCACCAAAAUGGAGCCUGAUGUCUGAUGCUCUUUACGUACAUAAAAACAAAGCGACCUCUGAAGCUUCCUUCUUAACGAACUCCAAAAGAAAACCUUUUUUCUUUUUAAUUCAUAUAUAAAAAAGACUCGAGCUUUGGAGCUUUCUUUAAUGGCGGUAGCCGCAGCAGCAGCAGCCUUUCAGGCAGACUGUAUAUUUUGCCAGAUCGCCUCCAAAUCCACAUCCACCACUAUUCUCCAUUCUGAUGACAAAGUUGUUGCCUUUCCGGACAUUAACCCUUCUGCUUUCAGGCAUUACUUGAUUAUUUCUGUGGCACAUAUUCCUACUGUUAGAGAUCUUCAGAGGAAAGCUGAAGACUAUUUUUUGGUGAGUCACAUGUUAGAAGUGGGGCAAACGCUAUUGGCGCGAGAUGCACCUCAAUGCAAGUACAGGUUUGGGUUUCACCAGCCUCCAAUGAACAGUGUCAACCAUUUACACCUUCAUUGUCAGGCACUGCCCUACACACCCAGAUGGAAAUGUAUGAAAUACUUGUCCUUUGGAUCACUUGGAUUUAUUGAAGCUGACAAGUUAUUGGAGAAGCUCAAGCCUUGAUUCGCCUUUACUUUACAAAGCAAAUUUGUUGUAAUUGAUAUCUAAACACGGAAAUAUCGAGCAUUCAAGUCAAUAUCACCUAUUACUUUGCAGCUCCACAAAAUAAGUAUGUGUUACGUUGGAAGUGUUUGUAAAUCUUACCCGCAGGGUUCUUUCUCCUAUACCUAGUAUGAUCCAUAUUCACGAUGCUUGAGAUCUAAUAACAUUGUCAACACAUCUCGGCUACUUCUAUACCAGUUAAUGAUACUUGAUGCUCAUUGAAAUGUUACAACAGUGCUUAUGAAAAAUGUUAAUUCCAUUGUUUAGA